AUGGGGGUGAAAAGCGGCCUGCAGCAGAGAGAGCUACUAAUCAGUGAUGAGACGGCAACAUUUACUUGGAGCGAGACUGCGCGCUCUCUAUUGAAAGUGAACAUUCGUAUACUGUUCUUCAGUGGUGCGUGGCCACUGACAGAGUCCGCCCUGUAUUACGUCUACACCGCAGCCGUGUUCCUGGCGAGCCUCGCCAACAUGGCCGAAGCCGCCGUGGGCAUCGCCUUCGGACAGGGCAGCAUGGAAGAGAUCACACUGGUGCUGCCCAACACGCUGACCACGGCCUGCGGUGUGGUCAAGCUGGCCUUCUUCUUGCGCGACCACCGACACUACUACGCCCUGGUGCGACGAACGGAGCGACUGGUGAUGUCCCAGGAGGAAGUGGCAGGAGGAGCCAUUGAAGCCUGUGCACGUGACGUAAGCCGCCGCGUGCGCGCCUUCGCUCUGUUCGUGGUCGCUCUCAUCUGCGUCCAGGGCGCCGUCUGGUGCCCCAUGCCGCUUAUCGCCUACCCAGGCGAGAGGAAACUGCCGUUUGGGCAGCUACCCAGCACCAAUUACACGCAGGUGCCAGUGUACGAGUUAUCAUACGUACUGCAGUGCAUGUCAAGUUUCACCAUCGCUAACGUCACACUAGGCUUCGACUGCCUCUUCAUGGGCAUCAUGGAGUUCUUGGGAGCGCAGCUCGACCUACUAACCUUACGACUCAGAAGCCUCCGACUGGAUGCGGCCUUAUGCACCACCGAGCAGAAAGACGGACGUGGCUGUGCAGUUCAGGCAACGAAAGGGUACGACAGCGCCUACAGGGAGCUGUGUCUCUGUAUUGAGAGGCAUCAAGAGAUCAUCAGGUAUAACCAACAGUUAUAG